CCUCACUCAAUGCCACUGAUUGAUGCUCAGCGCGCGCCGAGUGUCUCUGCGCAUUGCGUUCCCGCCCUGCUGCGCCAAAGCAACACGCGCCCGGCGGCUCCUCAGCGAUGAUGGCAGAAAGGUGUCGCUGAUCGAGCAGCUGUUCCCCGAGGAGACGAAGCGGUACGAGGAACAACAAAAGGCAACUCGCGAGAUCCCGCGACUCCCUCUCGGACCACUCCCGCCGAAGAGUGUGAAAGAGACGGAACAACUUUCAUUGCGGCCGAACAGAGCGGACGGUGAAGCCAGACUACACGCGUCGGAGAGGGCGAGGCGAUCACAAAUCGAAGUGGACCAACCAGGGACUGCUGUGCUCGUGCUUCGCAAUGCAAGCAAGAACCUGACUGUGGAAGACUUCAGGCGCUUGAUCCCACAAGGCCGGCAUAUCGAAGGAUGGACUUUGCAGGAGGGUGAUAUCCUCCAGGUUGUUCCUGGACGAGACUUGAGCACGCUGGAGCACCUCAAUUACUACUUCAUUCUGUUCUCGACUGGCUUGGGCGCUGACACGUACCGCACUCACGCUACCCGUAUCCAUAAGCUGGCUGCUAUCCAUACUCCCACAUCAAAUACUUCUCCAAUACCGCCCCCACCUGGCUACAUGAUUGAAGGACUCGACGCUCACGCCGCAAUCGAGGCCUAUGCCCUUGUACCGCCACGCCAGAAGCUGGAACUGCGUCUACUCCGGCCUCCUUUCACGCCCGUUGUGCAAUCAAUUAUAGACCACGGGGGCUACAAAAGCCUUGUUUCUCGCAAGGACAAGAUGCCUUUCGAAGCUCGCUUGACGAUGGAGGGACCGCAACUGCAGGUAAAUGCCCUCAGGCAUCUCAUGCUCCAGACUGGGAAGCUACGCAAUCUCACCUGGUCGGGCGGUGACAAGUACCAUGUUCAAAUUACGUCGUGGGGUCCACGUGCGUCACCUGGAGCCUUGAGUGAUUCUGCAUGGGCACGGAGGAACGCCGAUGGGGCUGUCGAUGACAGCGCGCAUGAAUCAUCCCGUAGUAGACGGCGAGAGAGCUCUGAAACCAUGGGCGAGAAGCAACAAUUGCGGCGCACGCCCGGGAACGUCUUCAUUGUCGGCUUCCACACCGAGGACGCCGCGCAAAGCUUUGUGGCUUACUGGCACAAACGGCCCCUCCACAAUUCUGCAACAGCCACAGUGCCUGAUGUGGAGGGAGAUUUGCCGCCCAUCGCGCAUGUGGAGAUGUUAUGGUAGCAUUUUCUUGUUUGAGCCUAUACAGCAGCUGCAGCAGAUACCAAGCAAAACAGCCC